GCCUCAGCGGUCAGAUCCAAUUAUUUGUGGUGAUCUUGUCAAGGCUUUAUUUAAACGGUCACUCUGUUCCACAUCCUUCAUUGCUUCGUUUUCUCCAAUCGUCACCUUCAAGUAAUUACAGAUUCCGACCAUUAUCAUGCGUUUCCUCUUCUCCUCACUCGCCCUGGCGCUGUCCGCAUCGGCCGUUCUCAUUGAAAACUGUGGGCCGAAGUUCGGAAACCAGAUUUGCGCCGCUGGCGACUGUUGUAGCCAAUAUGGAUGGUGUGACUCAGAUGCUGCCCAUUGCGAUCCCGCCAAUUGCCUCCAGAAGUUCUCAGGCAAGGGAUCGAGCUGUGCCAAACUCUCAACUACCAGUCCAGUUGCGAAACCCGUUACCACGACCAAGUCAGCAUUUGCCUCCCAAGUCCCGAAUAUCGAUGUGUGUGGUUCCGCCCAAGGUGGAGUAAGCUGCCCCGGCGCCGGCAUCAACAGCUACUUCUACCGAUGCUGCAGCUCGGCCGGACAUUGCGGACCCAAGAACGACAUCCAAGAUCAAGGUCUGUACUGCGGCACAGGCUGUCAAGCCGGGUUCGGCAACUGCAACGUCGGUGUGGCUAAGCCGCCCAAGCCGAGUGGCACCCCUGGAAUCUCUCAGGCCGGCGAGACGUGCGGCCCGAUCGUGAACAAGAAGUGCGCUUCUGGACUCUGUUGCAGUGGAAGCAAUUUCUGUGGUACCGGAACGGAUUUCUGUGGAGCGGCGAAUUGGUGUCAGCCGUCUUGGGGCAAAUGCAGCUAAUUUGUUGCUAGCAAAAGUAUAUCUACCCCU